GUUUACUCCGUCCCAGGAAUUUGAUACGUCAGGGCGCACGGACCACAGUUGUAUUCCAUUCCGGAAUGCCUUCCCGUGAUCUCACCUUUUAUCCUCACCUGUUGAGCAAAAACGGUGUCGGCCUGGGCUAAAAGGACACGCCUCUGCUCAUAUUAUUUGAGGCCAAGGCUUCAUUAUACAUUGCACUGUUGAUAUACCUAUGUAAACUACUGCGUAACUGGAUAUCCAGACAUAGCCAUCCGUUAUUGUUGAGUUUAGGCGCUCUUCCGUCCUGCAAACGCGUCAACAUGAAGAAGGAAAGGCGUAUUGCAUGUUGCGUAUGUCGCCAGAAGAGAACACGGUGCGACGGACAGAAACCCACGUGUGGAGAAUGUCAAAAAAAGGGCCAAUUCCAUGAGUGCAUCUAUCCUACAACUACUACUAGAGGGCCUGCCCGCAUGUCGGGAUUUGCUGCUACUCCCUGUUGUGUAUGUCGUCGCAAGAAAAGAAGAUGCAGCCGACAAAAACCGACAUGCAUAGAAUGCCAGGAAAAGGGCCAGUCCCAUCAAUGCUCCUAUAGACCCGAGGACAUGCCCCUUCCAGCAUCUCGGAAACGGAAGAAGAGGGCUUCACCAUCGUCUCCCGGGUUAGAGGUCGUCAUUGUUCCCACCCCAACCACCGGACCAGUUCUGUCACGUGCUCUUGAGCAAGGAGAACUGAUUGAGAUCUCCUCUUGUUCAGAUGAGAGCUAUCACACUGCUGAGUUACCACAAGACGAAAGCCUUGAGCUCAGUGGUGGCGGUGGACAACUAUUGCAAAUAAUGAGGUUGCAGAGAGCUGUAGAGGAGCGGACAGGCAGAGUAAAGGGCGAAGAUCCAGCAGGCGACUUCUCUCAUCUAGCACAAAUUCCCGCUUUCACAGGCCGGGUUUUACGGCCUCCCAUCUCCAGAUCGAAUGGCGAGGGCCCACCCGUUCAUCUGUCCCAGGAAAUGGCUGACCGGCUUGUUCUAUCAUAUCUAUCGAGGGAGUAUGCUAAUUUGCCGAUCCUGGACCUUCAAGACUUCCAGUCAGCCUACGAAAUCACCAGGUCAGAGAAGGAUAUAGCCGCAGGCACCAGUAGUUUUCACGGUAUCCUGAAUACUAUUUUUGGUUUGUCAGGCUUGAGUACAAGCGACCUAAAUGACACGGAUGUGGCGAGUCUUUUCAAUCACGGUCAGAAAAUAUCUAAAGAUACGGAGAACGGCGGACCUUUAUGCGAGCGUAUUCAGUCGCAUAUUCUCCAGAGUCAGUACCUCUAUGCGACUGGCAACCCAAAAUUGGCAUGGAUGUUUAUCGGGUUCGCCAUCCGCAUGACGCUGGUCCUGGACCUACAGUUUAAGAAGGGAGGGCGGGAUUCGCGAGGGAGAAGGGACCGCGAACUCGCUCGGCGACUCUGGCAUAGUGCUAUGAUUUUGGAACGGAUAAUUGCACUGCAGAUAGGGCUUCCACCGCAGACCUCUAACCCAUUAAAGGUGCCACUUCCGACGCAUAUGGAUAUGGACUACACAGAUCUUAUAUCAGGGGGAGACCCAGCCCCCGGGAUAGAACGCCCAUCCUUGAUAGAGUUCUUGACAGCUUGUGCUAGGCUAUACAGCCAUGUCGAAGAUAUUCUAGCAUGGGAGGAUGAGCUGAGAAUGCAGCCUUAUAGUUGCUCUGCAAAGAACCUGCUUGCCUUCGAUUUUAAGAUAUUUUUGAAAGUGGACACACUCUUAUAUGACUGGCAGUCAUCCUUACCGUCGUUCCUAAGGGAGGAUGCCGCGGGCGGUUUAUGGGAUGAUUCGGUUGUGUGUCGACAACGGAAUGUUCUCCGAGCGCGCUACCUAUACGUUCGUCUUCGACUGUAUCGGCCUCUGCUAAUCCUAGGACUAGCACUAUCUACUAAAUGCAGCUGCCGACCUAGAGGUCGCCCUCAUGCUACAAAAGAGGACUGUUCCUCACCUAACUUCCCCGUGGUUUUCAGCGCAGUACGCGACGCCUCAAUUAAGAGCGUGGGGAUAGCCAUGGGGCUUGUCAAUCUUAUCCAAGCAUACGAAGAUGGGCCGCUUAAUGGCAGCCCGGAUGACGGUCGCCGUAGUCUUAUCUCCCCAUAUUGGGAGAACAUCGAUUAUAUUUAUGCCUGUGGAACGGUGUUUCUCGCAGCCCGUCUCAGUAACUUCACCAGGCCCCAUGCCGAUGACGCUGGCACAGUUAGUGAAGAGGAAGUAGAGACGUACCUAACGCAAUCCAUCGACAUGCUGGAUAAUUAUAAACACAUGAGGCCAAAAGGCAGGGUGGCGCGCCUAGCACAACUGUGCUGCAAUACAUUAAGAGAUCUGUCAUACACCAUGAAGGGUGCGGAUUCCGCAGCCGCGUCGACCGGCGCAACUGCGAUUCUUGACGAAACCACUCGAAGUCGACUUUUAGAAAGGAUGGAGAAGGAUAAUCCUACCCUGAACAGGAGCCGGAGGCGCUCGGUAGAAAACAUGUGUGGAUAUUAUGGAUGGAUAGAGAGUCUGCCUAUAGAUUUGGCUGGUACGCUGGAAUGAGACUUGUGCACUGUACUAAAUGUCAUCCAUGCUUUUAUGUAUGACAAAAGAAAUAUACGUAAUCGUUUCCUCAAUCCAUACUCAAUAAAAUUGUCUGUAUGGUUCUUAGCGCUAUCUUAUGGCCAGAUUAGAUGGCAUCAAGCUCUUCCGCUUAUCGUAGCAAGGCCCUAACAAGUGUACAUGUUCACCCCUUCAAACUAAAAAUAUCGCUCAUCCACAGAUAUCAAAUUGAAUCUAUGGCGCUUAACCAUGGAUGGACCAGUCAUGUUCCUAAUGUUCAUUGCGCGCCCUUCUGAUAGAUGAAUUUAGAGCUCAUGGAACAGACUACUCUUUGUAUGCAACGGACCACACCUAUCGCUGGAAGCAAGGCCAGUAAUCCGUUGCUCUUAAUUUUGAGAUCGUAAGCUAGUGUGUUCGUACAAAUCCAAAAUGACGGCAAAAAGACCGAAG